AUGAAUCGAGAGAAGGGAGUGUUGAUGGAUGAAAUUGAGAAGAGUUUAUGGAAUUUAACUGAGGACAAUCUAUGUUACCUAUGUGAACAUCGUGGACAUGAUGCAUCCAAAGUUAAAGGAAUGGAUCACCGCUCAUUGCGGCGUAAAAUCAUGGAGGAAAUGUGGGACAAUACGGAUUCAAUGAAAUCGGAGGAGCAGGGAAUGUCUUGGUUAGUCCAACUGAAAGAGGACAUCAGGAAGAUACAGGAGGAUGCUAGGGCAGCACCCUGGAGUCACCGCCAGGCUGAUCAUGCUGUGGACUGUGAUGAAGGAGGGAGCAGAGAGGGAGGGGCUGGGUUAUCUAGCAACGGGUUGGAGGCGGAGUCCACGAGUCCCAGACAAUCCAACUACGAUGACGCUGCAGACUGCGACGUGGAGGACACGGAUUGGUUGCCUAGCAACAGACUGGAGACGGAGUUAUCUCCAGAAAAGCACACACCAGAGCAGAGAGUGAGAGGCGUGAGUAUUUAUUUUCCGUGUCAGAAAGUGAAUAUUUUUUCCCAGUCUUAAAGUGUGUUUCUCAACAGUCUUUCUUUGAUUCCUCAACUUCCUUCUAUAGAAGGCAUUGGAGGAUAAUAUUUUACAUUUUAGUCAUUUAGCAGACGCUCUUAUCCAGAGCGACUUACAGUUAGUGAGUGCAUACAUUUUCAUACUGGCCCCCCGUGGAAAUAUCUGAUGUUCCUCCUCAUUGGAGGAUAAUAUCUGAUGUUCCUCCUCAUGGGAGGAUAAUAUCUGAUGUUCCUCCUCAUUGGAGGAUAAUAUCUGAUGUUCCUCCUCAUUGGAGGAUAAUAUCUGAUGUUCCUCCUCAUUGGAGGAUAAUAUCUGAUGUUCCUCCUCAUUGGAGGAUAAUAUCUGAUGUUCCUCCUCUUGACCUUUCUCCAUUUUGAGAAGGAGGUUAAGUCAUUGUGGAUGAGAGGAAUUUAAAUACUUCAAAGUUCAUUGACAGGUAGAAGAGCAUGUCCCACCCUGAUUAAUUCUGUCUCUAUUUCUGUGAUUUACAGGACACGUCUCUCCCGAAGACCCCGUGUCGUGCCUCUCCUGGUAGCACCUUACUGCGAGGUCUGAAGAGGGUGUCUGUGCAGCUGAUGGACUGCAGGAAAACACUGGGGCAGAAAACCUGCAAGAAAACCCACUCCUGUGCUCAGUGUGGGAAGAGUUUUGCCACAAAAGACAUUCUGGAGCGACAUCUGCUAACUCACACUGGAGAGAAACCGUACAUUUGCCCUCGUUGUGGGAAGAGUUUCAAUGAUCCAGGAAACUUAAAGAAACACAUCUUUAGAACUCACUCAGGAGAACAUUCUGAAGAGGAACCUUCUGAGAACAAUGUUGGUUCCUCAGAACAUGAUGGGACCGUGAAGAAACCAGUCCUUAAUCCAUGUUCUCACUGUGGGAAGAAGUUGUCAACCAAAAUAAGACUAAAGAUUCACCUGAAGACCCACAAUGUAGAGAAACCUCACGUCUGCCCCGACUGCGGGAAGAGCUUCGCUUUCCGUCCCUCCUUGACCAAACAUAAACAUUUUAGUCAUUCAGAGCACGGAGUGAAACGUCAUGAAUGUGCAUUCUGUGGGAAAGUUUUUAAUCAACCAGGAGCCUUGAGGUCCCAUCAAAGAACCCACACUGGAGAGAAACCCCACCUCUGCUCCGACUGUGGGAAGAGUUACUGUUUUCAUUCGUCUCUGAGAAGACAUCAGGUACUCCACGCAGGAGGCAGUGCGAAGCCCCAUGUGUGCUCUGUCUGUGGGAAAGGCUUCAGAGAUUCUGGAUACUUAAAAAAACACCAAUCUGUCCAUUCGAGAGAGAAACCUCACCUCUGCUCCAACUGCGGAAAGACUUUCACGUCCUUACUUACCUUAACAAAUCAUUCCAAAUCACAUCGUCUAGAUGGAGACCAAUUUCCAAUGCCCUGAAUGUAAGCGCCAUUUCCCAACCAAGGAAAGGCUGACCAGCCACCAGAGAACGCAUACUGGUGAAAAACCUUUCUGCUGCUCCCAAUGCCACAAACGCUUCUCUCAUUCAAAUAGUUAUCAAAGGCACCUUCGUAUGCACUCCGGUGAGAAACCCUUUGUGUGUCCUCUCUGCGAGAAGCGAUUUAACGACUCUUCGAACCUUAGAACACAUGUUAGAAGACAUAAAGGAGAGAAGAUAGGCAAGACACAGGUCUCUGAGCCAUGCCCUCACUGUGGGAAGAGGCUGGCUUCUAAGGCAGGGUUAGAGACUCACCUGCGGACCCACACUGGAGAGAAACCUCACCUCUGCGCCAACUGCGGCAAGAGCUUCGGCUUCCACUCAGCUUUGAGAAGACAUCAGAAAACGCAGCACGGAGAGCAAGUAGAGAAGCCGCAUGUCUGUUCUGUCUGUGGGAAAGGCUUCAUGGAGUCUGGAGCGCUGAAGAAACAUGUGGUGACCCACGAGGAGAAACAGCACCUUUGCUCCGAUUGCGGGAAGAGUUUCAGAUUGCUUCAGGCCUUGUUGAAUCAUCAGAAAACCAAGCAUCAGAAAAUAAACGAGCAAGUAAGAGAGAAUAAUCAGUACCUCUGCCUUACUUGCGGCCAGGAAUUCAGUUCAAAGCAUAGAUUGGUAAUCCACGAGAGAAAGCACACAGGAGAGAAACCUUACCAAUGCGCCCAGUGCAGCAGGUGCUUCGCUGAUAAGACUAACAUGAGGCGUCACCAGACGGUGCACACAGGAGAGAAACCUUUCCAAUGCGCCGUCUGCGACAUGAAGUUCUCUCAAGUCGCCUCUUUAAUACGGCACCACUUAAUACACUCGGGUCAGAAACCGCACCACUGCACUUACUGCGACAAGAGUUUCUCUCAGUCGAACACGCUGAAAACACACAUACUAACCCACACUGGAGAGAAACCGUACCAGUGCCCCGACUGCGGGAAGCGUUUCACCGAAAAGAAAGCCAUAAAGAAACACCAGCGCGACACACAUGGGUCAGGGGAACACAGCGCACACCGCUUUCUCAUUGAGACUGAGUCAAGACCAGAGCCCUCAAGCAAAGCCGUAGCAAUGCCCUGACUGUAGAAAAUGUUUCUCAGAGAAAAGAGCUCUUGUGGAACACCAGAAGACACACCGGAGAGACGGCGCGCCCCUAUUGUUUCAUUUUGAUCUGA